AUGGAGGUUAAAAAGAAGGAGAACGAUGGCUAUUUAAAUACCAAUGAUGGUGAAUUUUAUAAUGAUAUUGAUAAAAAAAUGGACAUACAAAAAUUACAUUCAGGGUUAUUAAUUAAAGAUGAAGGCAAUGAGUCAGAUACUGAGGACAAUGAAAUUUAUUCAAAUAUUGAUGAAAUCGAAAAUUAUUCAAAUGAUGAAGACAAUGAUGAAUUAAUGGAAGAAACUAGUGAUGAAAUUGGAGAACAAGAUGCGUGUUCAAGCGACGAUGACAAAAAUUAUUCAGAUAACGAUGAAAUUUCAGAAGAAUCAUCAGAUAAUGAUGAAUUUUAUGGCGGAAAACAAUACACUGGACAAAAACCUUACCAUGAAUUAAUUGAUAUCGUUAAAAAAUAUUUUUCAUGUGAUAUUUGUGACAAUAAAUUUACUACAGAAUUCGAUUUAGGUAGACAUCUGAAACGUUACACUGACGAAGAAAGAUAUCCGUGUAAUAUUUGUAAUAAAACAUUUCACAAAGACGAAGAUUUAUUUUUACAUGGCAAACGAUUUCAUUCAAUUGAAUUAGAAUUAUAUGUAUGUGAUGUUUGUGAUAAAAAAUUUCCUAAAAAGAGCAGUUUAAGUCGGCAUAAAGAAAUUCAUACUGAAGAAAAACGAUUUUCCUGUGAUGUUUGUGAUAGAAAGUUUACUUAUGUUUCUAAUUUAUCUCAACAUAAACGAAUACACACCGGAGAGAAACCAUAUUCAUGUGAUGUCUGUGAUAAGAAAUUUAGUGGUCGAAAUAAACUGAAAAGACAUAAGCAAACUCAUAGCGAAGAGAGACCGUGUUCAUGUGAUGUUUGUGGUAAGAAAUUUCGGAACAACAGCGGUUUAAACCAUCAUAAAUUAAUCCAUACUGAUGUGAAACCAUUUUCUUGUGAUAAUUGCGAUAAAAAAUAUAUUACAUCUAGCGCUUUAAAAACUCAUAAACUAACUCAUUCGGGAAAGAAACCAUUUUCGUGUGAUGAAUGUAAUAAAAAAUUUCUUACAGCGGAUUAUUUAAACAAACAUAUACAAAUUCAUCGUGAAAAACGUUAUUCAUGUGAUAUUUGUAGUCAAAAAUUUACCGAAAAAGGUACUUUAAAGAGGCAUCAAUUAACUCAUACUAAAGAAAAACGAUAUUCAUGUGAUAUUUGUAAUAAGAAAUUUGCUCUUAAAUGGACUUUAAAUACUCAUAUAUAUACACAUAUCGGUGGAUUUAUCCCAAGCAGUUAUGGUGGACAACCAAUUUUCAGAUUUCUGUUAUGUUCUGGUUCAACCAACAAAGGCUUGUCCAACAAAGAAUUGGAAAAUAUUUUGGAAAAUUGGCAAGAUUGCAGCGAAGAUGAGUUUGAAUACGACGGAGACUCUGACUUCGAAAUGGAAAUGAUCGACGAUGAAUUAGUAGUCAAUAAGUCUUGCGAUAAUGAUUCAACCAACAAAGAAUUGGAAAGUAUUUUGGAAAAUUGGCAAGAUUGCAGCGAAGAUGAGUUUGAAUACGACGGAGACUCUGACUUCGAAAUGGAAAUGAUCGACGAUGAAUUAGUAGUCAAUAAGUCUUGCGAUAAUGAUGAAUUGAUCGAUGCUGAGGAAGGUCCGGGGUGUUCUGGAGAAGCGCCAAAUACACUUGGUGAUCAAAACGUUGAAAAGAAAAUUAUAAUGAAAAAUCUAAAAAUGAACCUUCAAUAG